AGCGAACCGGAAACGAUGAGACGGUCAAUCAUCUUCGGUGCAUUAAUUGUCUUUCCGUUAAUCGCCGUUGGAAACACGACACCUAUCAACUUCGUUGCAGAACUCGUGAACGCUGUGGACACUUACGAAGCAGCUGAUACGCCAGAUAUCUAUGAACAGAUAAGGAACAUUUCAGAUAUCUGCGAGAAUGAAUCGCUAAGACUCGAUUUACCUGCAUCGUCAAGCGUUACAAGAAGUUUCAUCGCCUCUUCUGCCAUAAGAUGUAUUACCUUAAGAUCUCCCGGACUUAGUAUGAUGUCAGGAGCAUUCGAGGAUUUACCAAAUUUGAAGUAUCUUGAUCUUCGAGAGAACCAAAUUAAUCCGAGCAAUUUAUUCUCUUUUGGCCCACUUCCGACCGUUAAAGUGCUGCUUCUUGGAGGUCAAAACACUUAUUAUUCAGGAGAUAUAGAAAUAAAUAAUGUAUAUCCUGAACUUGAAUACUUGGACUUAAGUAAUAUUGUCGUUGGGUACGUCAGAGCCAGGCAAGAAAAUCCAUUCCCAAAAUUGAAAUACCUUAAUUUCGCACAAAACAAGAAAGAAAAGUCUUCCUUUGUUUCCUUGUUACCUAACACACUAAUAUAUCUUGACCUUAGUAGGAACUUAAUCACGUCUUAUGCGCCAAGAUUGACUAAUCUGUCUCUCCUGUGGUUAGCUGACAAUAAAAUUGAACAAAUAGGUGAAAAUGGACUUAAUUUAUCGGCAUUGAAGCAGUUGGAAAUUUUAUCAGUAGCUGAUAACCGAAUCAGUUCCAUCGAUGAGGGAGCAUUUACAAGCUUAGCGAAUCUUCGAUAUUUAAAUCUAUCCGGCAACGCUUUAUCUACUGCCAACUUAGUGUCCCUUAACAUUUCGGAAUCAUUCGAGAUCCUUGUAUUAGAUCGCAAUUCGUUAGUAGAUAUUCCGAACCUAAAUUCGUCAACCAUAACGACGCUUUCAUUGAAAUGUAAUCAAAUACAAUACUUAUCAGUCAACUCUUUUAUCAGCGUGCCAAAUUUACAGAAAUUAAUUUUAAGUAAUAAUAAAAUUUCAUUCCUUCACACAGACGUGUUUCAAAACCAACAAUUUUUAAAAGAACUGCACUUAGAUGACAACAAACUUGAUCAUUUGCCAGUAAAUUGGUCUCAGCCCAUGAAGAAUCUUCGGUAUUUAAAUUUAUCAGGAAACAAAUUCACCAAGCUAGAAUCCCUGGAUCAUUUAAAUUUGCCUUCUAAUUUAGAGGUACUUUACCUUGAACGCAAUCAUUUUAUGUACAUCUACAAGACCUCGCUACAAAUGAUGCCAGACAACUUGACAAUUUAUUUAAACAUCGGCUCAGAAUCCAAUAGCUCGUUAUGUGGCUCGUUGCCAACUGCGAAUUAUUAAUCAUGGAGUUCAAUAAAAUAUUGUCCAAUAUCAACAAAUUAUCGUGGAUUGAUGUUUCAAUCUCAUUUUCUCCAAAAAUUGUUGGUUACCUUGGAAAAUGUGAAUGGUAUCUAUGUAUAAUAUUAUUAUUGCGGGAAUAAAUGUGAUGAAUAAAAGAUAAUUCACUAUUGUA